AUGGCCGCUGACACGGGAAUGGAUACUUGCCCCAGUCCGGAAAUUACGGACUCCAGAAAACGACCACUUGACGGUGAUUCGGAGAAUGGUGACAUCAAAAGAUCACAUUUUAGCUCAGUUCAAGACUUGGUGACGGCCUUGCCACUGGCCAACGGCCAUGGCAAUAUAACGUCUCAUUUCGGUGAGUCGUCAGCCUGUACAUUCGUUUCGCUCCUCAUUGGCUUUGUGGUUGUUGGUGGCGCGCAUGCCUCACGCGCGCAAUCGCUCACGUACCACCUUUGC